AUGCUUCUUUUGGACAACGUGGUGGGAUUGAAAAUCCAUAGCUAUUCCCCACACACACUUCUCACUGUGAUUGCUACACCGUCGCCGUCCUCGGAUAAUGCCUCGGGCGAUUCCAAGUACACGAAGAAUGCCACUUUCAUAGCGAUCAAGGUGCAGUAUGUGAAGAACAUACAGGCGUUGGAGAAGGACAAGCCUCGAGGAAAGGCUCACCCGAACGAGAAGUUUGGCUUGAAAAUCAACGCUCCGACGUUCAUACCGACUGAAACUCUCGGCAGCAACAUCCGCAGGGGCAGCAAAGAGAUGACGAAGCAGGAGAUCGAGUUCAAGCUGCGCAGAAUGACCAAGGGGAAGAAGUUGUCCGACGAGGGCCGGAAGGUGCUAAGAAACCUUGCGGCGAUCUUCCCGAUCGACACGCUCUCUGUGGACGACUCGAACAGCAUCACGUUCCGGGAUUCGGACAUCAAGAUCAUGAAGCCGUACAAGUCGUCGGACGUGAAGGUCAUCGGCUGCGACGGCGGACCUAACGAACAGCAGCAGCUUGCGUAUAUCAGAAAGGUGGUGGAUAGAGAGUGGGAAAAGAUGGAGCAGACCCAGAAGGGCGGAUGA